UCCCAAACUACUUGAAAGAGGACUAACAACACAGAAGAAACUUAAGAGACUCUGAGCUCUUACUCUUCACUGGAGCCUUGAGAUAUCAAGUCUGAGAAGGGGAAUCUGAAGAAUCUCAAGCCAAAGCGGCAAGGAUACGCAACACUCAUAGCUUGCCUUAUAAACAAGGUUUUUAUCAAGAACUGUCUUCUGACAUGAUGUCCCAGCACGCAGCCUUGAACAGCCUGUUUGGCAAUGACCCUUUCUUCAGCCAGGAGCGGCUGCUGUGGCCGCUGCAUCAUGAGUCUCUCUCCUCGCUGCAGCAAGACUUCUUCAACCGCAGAGUCACGCUGGCCAACAGCCUCCUGAGGGAGCUUCACAAUGGGCCCCACCUGCUCAAACUUAGCCCUUUGCCCUUCAUUUCCUCCUCUUUCUCCAGGCUGAGUGACGGUAAAGAGCAGCUGAAAGAAACUCCCAGCUCAGAGCUGCAAAAGGAAGCCCUGCAGGAUACAGAAAACAACAGUGACCUCCUGGUGACCCUAGAUGCACGCGGUUAUGCCCCCAGUGACAUCACAGUCAAACUGGAGGGGCGCAGCCUGGCAGUGGUGGCCAUGAAGCAGGCCGGAGCCGAGGAGACUCAGUCCUGCUCCUCCUCCUCCUCCAGCGCUUCCUUCUGCUCCUCGGCCUCCUCUCAGAUGGGAUUUGCCCAAAAGAUCGACUUGCCUCCUCACCUGGAUCUGUCCGGCCUAUCCUGCUCCCUGAUGGAUGACGGACAGCUGCGUAUCCACGCCCCUGUGGCCAAACAGCCAAUCAGUGAAGAGCAUGAGGUGCCCAUUCGGUUCAGGACAUCGUUGGAAUUUCCCAUCACCAAGGACAAGACAGAGGAGGACCACACAGACUAAUACACACAUGACCUUAAAUAAACAUGCAUAUGUUUUUAUGCUCACACACACACACGCUUCCACUAAAAGACUGUCUACAAUGAGCAACGUUUACGAUAACAAAAUGAAGAGAUUAUUUAUUUUAUAAUUGUUUGUAAUUUGUAUAAUUUGAUGAAACAAAAUAAAGUUUUUGAUUUUCAGAAAAUAA